AUGGGUGGGUGUUUUCCUUGUUUUGGAUCAUCCAACAAGGAGGACACUAAAGGUGUGAAGGAAGUUUCCAAGAAAGAGGGGUUUAAGGAAGGUUCUGGUCCUCAAUCUCAUCACCCCACUAGGGUUAGCUCAGAUAAAUCGAAAUCACGAAGUGUAUCAGAUUCUAAGAAGGAAACGCCAGCUCCAAAGGAUGGACCAACGGCACAUAUUGCUGCACAAACAUUUACAUUUCGAGAGCUUGCAGCUGCUACAAAGAAUUUUAGGCCAGAGUGUUUAUUAGGCGAAGGAGGUUUUGGACGUGUUUACAAAGGUCGCCUUGAGAGCACGGGACAGGUAGUUGCUGUAAAACAGCUUGACCGAAAUGGACUUCAAGGAAAUCGAGAGUUUUUGGUGGAAGUUCUCAUGCUCAGCCUCUUACAUCACCCAAACCUUGUGAACUUAAUUGGUUAUUGUGCCGAUGGGGAUCAGCGGCUUCUUGUUUAUGAGUUUAUGCCAUUGGGAUCUUUGGAGGAUCAUUUACAUGAUCUUCCUCCUGACAAGGAGCCUCUAGACUGGAACACAAGGAUGAAAAUAGCAGCUGGUGCAGCAAAGGGAUUGGAAUAUUUGCAUGACAAAGCGAACCCGCCUGUGAUAUACCGAGACUUAAAAUCAUCCAACAUCCUCCUAGACGAUGAUUUUCAUCCUAAGUUAUCAGAUUUUGGGCUGGCAAAACUCGGUCCAGUUGGUGACAAGACUCAUGUAUCUACUCGAGUAAUGGGAACAUAUGGCUAUUGUGCCCCAGAAUAUGCUAUGACAGGUCAACUAACUCUCAAAUCAGACGUCUAUAGUUUCGGAGUUGUCUUCCUUGAACUCAUUACCGGGCGCAAGGCUAUUGAUAAUACGCGCGGGCAUGGUGAGCAUAAUCUCGUGGCAUGGGCUCGACCUUUAUUUAAAGACCGCAGGAAGUUUCCCAAAAUGGCUGAUCCACUACUUCAAGGCCGAUAUCCAAUGCGAGGACUGUACCAGGCACUUGCAGUUGCAGCAAUGUGUUUGCAGGAACAAGCUGCCACAAGACCUCUUAUAGGAGAUGUAGUGACUGCUCUCACAUAUCUAGCCUCCCAGACAUUUGACCCGAAUGCAUCCACUCAGUCAAACAGGCUCGGUUCAUCAACUCCUAGGAUGAGGACAGACAGUAUGGAUAGUCCCGACCGCAGACAGCUUGGUUCUCCAUCUACCCACAGAAACUCACCUGACUUCAGGAAGAGAGACAGCAGGGAUCCAAGUGAGUUGAGCAGGGUUGACACCGGUGGCAGCGGGUCAGGUAGAAAAUGGGGGGGAAUGGAUGAUCUGGAAAGGCAUGAUUCUCAGAGAGAAAGCCCUGUAAAUACCGGAAGAGCUAGAGAGACUCCAAGGAACCGUGACCUGGACAGAGAACGCGCAGUUGCGGAAGCAAGAGUAUGGGGAGAGAAUUGGAGAGAGAAGAAACGAGCAAAUGCAAUGGGAAGCUUUGAUGGUACAAAUGAAUGA